UCGCGGGGCCCGUAUCUAGCGUGUGUACAAUCUGACGGAAUGCUGGGUAAGCAGCAGUCCAUUCACGGUGACGCUGACGCAUACACAGUGCCCGAGCAACACCGGUGGUUCACGCCGGUGGUCCCCGAGUCGGCCCGGUCCCCGUAUAGAAUCCAUUGAACGCAAUCAAAUUCGCGAGUCGUCCGGAUUACAACGAGCGAAGCGGAGAUAGUAUCCGUUAAAGAAGAAAACAUUUUAAGAUAGUUAAAAAUAAAAUUAGGAAUAAAAUCUAUUUAAUUGGAACAAGUGCAUUCCUACGAAUGAUAACAAGUGGGACCAGAUUUCGAGGAAAAGAAUGUGAAAUGGGCUCCGUGAAAAUCAGUUGAAAAUAUAGCGAAGUGAAGUUUCCCAUGAAGAAACUGAGGAAACAAUUAGAACGGAAGAGAAAAGGAAAUAUUCGAUUAAUACGUAUAUCGAAUCGACAAGUUAAUUGACAUCAAAUCAAAUUUGUACUAGUCAGCUAUUAAAGAAGAAUGAUAACCGAGAGGAAAAUCGUUGCAUGUCUUGAAUCGCUCCUAUAUAAUUAAUUCUCUAACGUAUCAUGAAGUGACUUUUAAUCACCUCUUAUGAGGACAUAGGCGAGGACGCACUGAAGAGGAAGGCUGUUGUUGAAUCGAAAAUUCCUGUCAUAUCCUUCAGUCAACAAAAGUCAACAUUUUUCACUGAUUACCUGGCUCGAUGACUAACUUAUGGCUGGUUUAAUAUAAGAAUAGCUAACGAACGGCCUUCGAGGUCAGGUUAAUUCGGAAUGGAAUUGCUAGAUCAGAACCUCGACACCUUCGGCACGGCCGGAGUAAUGGACGGCACGGACACGUGGUUGCCGCGUAUUAUGGGCAAUGCCACGCACAGCACCAUCGUCGACGAGGAAAUAUCGAGAUUUCCAAAGCCUUUGAGGACUUUUGCGGCGGUAGUGGCAAUGAUCAUCAUGAUUAUCGGUUUAGCCGGUAAUCUACUAACGAUCGUUGCGUUAUGUAAAUAUCCUAAAGUUCGCAAUGUUGCAGCGGCUUUUAUUAUAAGCUUAUGCAUUGCGGACUUUGUGUUCUGUCUGCUGGUGCUGCCAUUUGAUUCUAUCAGAUUCGUCAACGCCAGUUGGGCAGACGUUCGAUUCUUCUGCGUCUUUGUGCCCUUUUUGCGAUACGGAAAUGUCGGGGUCAGUCUCCUGUCUGUCGCAGCAAUCACUAUCAAUAGAUAUAUUAUGAUAGCGCAUCACGCUAUUUAUAACAAGGUUUACACGAAAUAUUGGAUAGCCACGAUGAUAAUCUUUUGCUGGAUCUUCUCUUACGGGAUGCAAAUACCUACACUGACAGGAGUGUGGGGUAAAUUUGAUUACGAUCCUAAUCUGGAGACCUGCUCCAUCGUCAAAGAUCAUCGUGGUUACACUUCCAAGACAUUCCUUUUUGUUAUGGGAUUUCUAAUACCUUGUUUAGUAAUCGUCGGCUGUUACGCCAAGAUAUUUUGGGUGGUGCACAAAUCAGAAUCGCGAUUGCGGAAACAUGCUGGACCAACGAUAAAGUCUCCGCAUACGCCCGGAAGGGAUAUCAGGGAACUCAAACAAAAACGUAGCGAAUGGAGGAUUACAAAGAUGGUAUUAGUAAUCUUUCUCAGCUUCCUCGCGUGUUACUUACCGAUCACCAUCGUCAAAGUGGCCGACGCGGAAGUCAGAUGUCCCGAAUGUCACAUUUUAGGAUACUUGCUACUAUACUUCGCUUCGUGCGUGAAUCCAAUCAUCUACGUGAUUAUGAACAAGCAGUACAGACAAGCGUACGCUGGUGUGAUCGGCUGCAAGUGGAUAAGGGCGACCCUAACGCCGUACGGUAGCAGUGCACCGGGUGGUGCCGGCGGUCUUCAGGCCCAUCAGCAUGACUACGCCCAAGACUACUCGAAGGACUUUAGCAAAACGAUGGUCUCUACGGUCUCUAUCGCUAUGAAUCCCGUGAGAAGUUCGCAAUUCCAGGAGGAGCUGUGAGGCGUACGUCGAGAAAAAUGAAAAAGACAAAAGAUGUUUUCCUUUAUAAAAAGAAGGAAAAAAACGGACGAUUAGAAGAGAUUGUUAUUGAUAACCGCACGUGCAAUAGUUAUCAAGUUAGGUCGUAUAAUUUUUUUUACCUCGUCUAA